AAGACCCCGAUAAUGAUGCUCUAACAUCUCCGAAAGGGUUCUUCAUAUUAUUUAUCCUCUCUUUGAGUUUCAACACUGGGGCUCUCUUGUGUUUCUUAUUCACUAACAAUGUAGUAUUCUUUUUUUUUCUUUUUUUUUUUUUGUAACAGAGACGGAGAGAAAAGAUCAACGAGAAGAUGAAGGCCCUCCAAGAACUCAUUCCUCGCUGCAACAAGACUGAUAAAGCUUCAAUGCUGGAAGAUGCUAUCCAGUACGUGAAGUCGCUACAAAUGCAAAUACAGAUGAUGUCUACAGGAAUGCCGAUGAUGUAUACACCAAAUAUGCAACGUUUCAUGCCCUCCUCGGCAAUGGGAAUGAUGGGUGUGAACCGGCCUCCAUUUAUACCUUUCCCUCGCAUGGCUUUACCUAGGCCGGCUCAUAUGGAAGGUCUAGGUCCACCGUAUCCACCACCGCGAUAUCCUUUUCCAAUCAUUCAAGGCUUUGACCCAUCCAGAGUCCAACAGCCUGACCCGGUCCAGAACCAGCCUCAGUUCCCGGGUUGCUUGAAUCCUUAUAGCCAGUUUGUUGGUCUCCAACAAAUGCAACAACCUCCUCCUCCUCACUUGCAGAAUCAAUCAUCAUCACAGCUGAGUUUCAGCCAGGCAAGUAGUAGUAAGGAACCUGAAGAUCAGGAUAACAAACCAAAAGGUUAAUAAAGGGUCGGUUCUCCAAGCAAAUCCACAAUGUUGAAAAUAUAACCAGAGACAUAGCAUGUAAAUUUUAGUCAAGGUUAAAGUAGGCCCUCUUUUUCUGUUUCUGUAAAUGUCAGUACAUGGAAUCUUGAGGCUAAUAUAGACAGAUAAGGUGAGUAAGAGAAGAGAUAUAUAUGUUCACCAAAACGGUCUUGUUUUUUCUAUAAAGACAAUGAACAUUUCUCCCCUGCAACUAAAACUUUGUAACGAAAACAAUAAUCAAGAGUACUUCUGGAACUUAUGUUUGCAUGCUGCAACUACGGUCAUUGCUUGUCAUUACUCCUGGAAAUGCUCGAUAUAAUUUGAAAUUUACGAGUUCAAUAUAGAGCUAUGGUUGUUGUACUGAAUGAGCUGAAGUGAAUUAAAGAUGUGUUAGUAACUAUGGGUAUAUGUUUUUACAUUGCAGAUAAUCAUGUGUUUCAUAAGAGGAAGGAAACAUGUGGAAUCGCAUUGUCGCUUUAUAAAGGAUGAUAUACAAGUAAAGAUUCUACGCGUGAAUCAGAUACCCACAACGGAUAAAUUUGUGUAGAUGUCUUUGUUAUAAUAUUUAGAUGAUGUCUUUUUCAAAUGAUGUUACCCAAACUAAAUACUUAUAUCUUUAUUAUCUUCCAAUUUGAAGGGGAAUUUGAGAUCUAUAUAUAUUAUAUAAUAGUUAUGAAUUAAAAUUCAGAUGUUUUAGUCUAUCCAACCAUUCUAGUUAUGUAAGAACAACCUUGUUGAGAUAAUAUCUUAAAAUGGAUUUUAGCAAAUUUAUAAUACUAGUUUAAUAUAAGUUAUAUAACUUAUGAUUUAAUUUUAGUGCUGAAAAAUAACUAGAAAUAAGUGUUUUAUGGUAUAUCAUAGGUUAUUUUUGAGAACUCUCUUAUAUUCUCUUUCAUACUUUUAUACUUUCUUCAUUUUUUCAAUGUUAGGGGUACUCUUCAAAUACUUCCAUUGAAAAUGUUCUAAUAGCAUUAGAGCAUCUUUGUUCUAUAUAUCCUAUUCAGGUUUUUUUUUUAGUUUUUUUCUUCUGAUUUAAAAAAAAAUAAAAAGUGAACCAAUCGCGGGUUGCCACAUGUCGGUAACUUCUUAUGGCUGACUCUUUAGAUACUUGGAAAACUAGUUUGUGUAAGAUAUUUACUACAGUUGAUACAAGAAACUCAUUUUUGAGAGAAUAUACCUACAGAUUCACCGCCAGAUUCUCGAUCUCAUCCUCCAGAUUCUUCUCAGGGAUGUUGUGGUAAUCUAAAAUGAUUUAGAAAAUACCACUAGCAUGUUGUUUUCAUAUGUAAAUACUAUUAUUCUAUGCUCAAUGUGGACCCAUCAAAAGAGAGAGACAAAAGACCCACUUGUAAAGUGAUGAGGUCAUGUAAGUAUCGCAAACUUGGUAGCACGCACAAAGACGCUCACUUUUCGCGGGCAGAAAAGAUAGGGAGCUUAUUAUUUGUGUAAAGCACAAAAUUCGGAGUAAGCAUUCA